UAUUGAGAAAGCAAGUCCUUUGAAGAACAGCGAACUUCAUCAAAGUAAGAAGUAUCUGAAUCAUCAAAUCCAUCAGCAUCAUGUCUCACCCCACUGCAACCGGCAGAGGUGGAGGCAAUUCUCCUCAACAUCAACCUAGGCAGGCGCAGCUGGCCCGACCGAAGUCUGCGGCUGCCAUAGGCGAGCAGGAAUCUGGUAGCAUCUUCACUCUCCGAAGACGCGCCUCACGGGUUGGACGGAGCGACCCAAGCCUACUUGGAUGUUGUAAUAUUGAGGGUCGUGAUCCUGGAGACGAUGAUCUACAUAGAGGUGGAAGUGGAGUGUUCUAUCCCUCCACAGGCGCUAGUGGAGGAGGCGGUAAUGCUACAGCCAUUACAACCUUGGCCCUACCCUUCGGUAGCCUCUCCAUGUCAGAAGCUUCUGCUCGGCGUUCAGGAUCGACACCUGCAGCUGGGGGGACUGUGUUAAGAAUGUGAAUGGGGCUUACGCUUACAGGUGCUAGAAGAAGCCAUAAUUAAGUUGCAAAAUGAAGAUGAAUUAAAUAUAUACUAGAGUAGUUUAUAAGUAUACUAGAGUUAGUAUAUUAUACGAAAUGAAGUGCUCCUGGGGUCCAUGCUCUCAUGUAGCAAGCUUCUGUAGCUCUUGGUGACCAUCGACGCCAAGAUGAAGAUGUCUUCGCAUUUCUUAGUCACCCAACAGGGAAGUCGUAGGUCCAAUCCGAAUCGACUAACAUCAUCAAGCACGCAGCGAGUCUAUCGACAUCGCGCUUCUUCUAAGAAAUCACGGCGCCUCAACGGUAUCGCCUCGUGCUUGGGCUAGCAGUGAAGCAAGAAUGUUCCCCUCAAGUGGCGCUGCUGGUGCGGGAAUAGCAGAGUUUGCGCCGUUCGGUAGAGGGACUUCGGUAGGUACUACAAGCGCUUCUCAAUCACCAGCACAGCAUGAUCCAAAUGCUCCUGCGACGCCUCAACAUCAAUCACAGGCAGCUUACGGAUCUCCAAACAGCGGAUUGCCGCCUCCUGCGCCUAUUAAGGCUCAACUUUCAUUGGUCACCAUUUAGAUUGGGGCCACUGAGAUCGAAGAGCAAGAGGGCCCCGUGAGAGAACUACAGGGGAAACGGAAGGGAAAACAAGCAGAGAGCGAGAGGUGUGGGACCCUUCCCGUUCAGAGUCAGGGACCAAUGAAUGCCGACCUUUAAGCCUAGUACAACCAAUGGAGGUAAUGGAACAUCACCCAACCUUCGUUCUUCUCCACCAACUCGGUCGGGGUCUGCGAGUUUUCUAUCUCGCGCUUCUGAGUGGGUGAAAAACACAGCUGGCGUAGUCAUGCCGCCAAGGGAUAGUAACAUAUGGUGCUGAUAAUUGUGUACUUUUACUAAUUUACUUGCAGUGCAACUAGUAGUCGUUGCUGCUCACCACGUCUAUCGUUUUUAUCGCAACAAAGGAGAUGAAUUUGGAAUGUUGAAAUAUUAAUCGAGUGGGACUACAACUACUACUAGCAUUUUUAGCAGCUCUCAGGAAGAUCCGUACAACUUGUGAAGAUGUCAGUAGAAGGUAUGAACAGGAGGAGAGGAUGCUUUUUAAUUUUAUUCGAAUAGCAGGUGGAGAGGAUGCUUUUUAUUCCAUUCCAUAGGAGAGGCAUCUUCUAAUCUGUAUCCGCAAAGUGGUGAACAUUCUAUGUGGCAAUCCUCUACAGUGUGUCCAAAAGCUUAAGGAAGCUUUCCUAGAGGACGAAUUCAAAUUGAAGCACGUGAGCAUCCAGAAGACGUCACUGCACACUGCCAGCUGGUCCUUCGAUUCAACGAUUAUAAGGGAAGUGAAGGUAUCGGUUUAUAAUUUCUAAAAAAAUCGAAUUUAUUUUGACACUGUUCUUGAUUCUCAGAUGUGAUCCUCUUGCUUCUGAAGUAGUUGAAUGUCAACUGCUGCAACUAUGAUCUCAUCUACUUCUGCUUCGCUCUACAUCUCUUCUACUCAGGAGCAAUUUGAAUAAUUUGUCUGAUGUUUCCAAGAACCACGCGCAUGUCACCACCUCCACAUCAGCUCCCAUGGGGCCCCUUCGAUCCAGCAACGGGCGAAAACGCAUACGAGGUAGUACACACUCCAACAGUGGCGAAAUUCCUACUGAGACAGGUAUGGAACGGCUACUGCGUUUUCACGGAUCACUGCCUACCUGAUCCGGUGAUUGAGUUAAGGCUCAACUUUCCUUGGUCACCAUUUAGAUUGGGGUCACUGAGAGCGAAGAGGAGACCCCUGGAGAGAACCAACAGGGGAAAACGAAGGGAAAAGGGGACAGCUUUGAAGGUCGUGGUCUCUUCCGUUCAGCUUCAGUGGCCACUGAGUGCCGCCCUUUAAUUGAGGGCGAGGCAGAGUCAUGGCGCGAAUUGUUGUCGCUUUCGAGUCAACAUAAGGACGUGCUAGCGGCGCAGUUGAAGUUAAGAGAAGUGUACAACUAGGCUCUCUUUUCAGUAGAUCUUCAUUGUCCUCUGGACGAAGUCAUCUCCAUAAUCAACAUGAUGAUCAAGAAACCGCUUACCAUUUCAAUUUCUUCUAACCACUUCUACUUCUACGUCUUCUAGCAUCUUCCCUUCUAAUUCAUCGAGGUUGGGCAGAACUACAGAGUCGGAAGGUCGAACUCUUUUUCACUGUUUGUGUAGCCUUCUUCUGCUGUCUGUGUCUUCUUCUAGCGCUCUCCUUACUGCUCUGCAUGGAGAAGUCGCUUUCCUUGCGCCGAUUGAUGAAAACGACGCCACCGGUACAGAGAAGACAGAAAAUCAGGUAAUAGAGGGGCUCGCCCUGGUACGGUUAGGAAGAUGGAGAUUCACAACCUCGAUCAGACUUGUUUGACGUUGCUACGAAACAAGGGAUGACAUCUAAUGAACGUGACUGGGAGAUACUUGUACGUUGAUAUUACAAAGGAAAGUAGAUACAGAUAGAUACAUGGAGGAAGUUUUCGUAGAAAGGAUACCCGCGAGGUAAUAAAAACAGCUUUUGGGUGGAAAAUGUGUACCUGGACCUCGUCUUUGAAGAUGAAGAAAUCUUGAAAUACUUAAAACCCGCCGACGACACAGAAGUAGAUAUGAAAGGAAACUGCUUUUGGAAAGGAAAU